ACUCUGUUGCAUGGCGGCGGACACAAAGAGCGGAGCGCAGACACACUCAGCGGGACAGCCGGGACACGAGCUCUGGACGCGGCCUGGAGCGAAGACGACCUGCCGCUGCUGAAAACUUCCCGCAUGUUCUUCGCGGUUCGAGCUGUUUGUCUCGGGAAUCUGUCGGUAACCGGAUAAGUUACCGCAAACUUUGUGGAAAAGUUUCAGGGAGAGUUUUUGAGAGGGAGCCGCGCAGUUUUCCUGCUCCAGAGGGAGGAGAGGGCUGUUAAAAAUGCGAUUUUUGAUCCGGGCUCUGGUGGCCUGCAGCUGGGUGGCGGCGGUGUGCGUCCGCGCCGCCAUGGAUGAGUGCACGGACGAGAAGGGCAGACCGCAGCGCUGCAUGCCCGAGUUCGUGAACGCCGCUUUUAACGUUACGGUGGUGGCGACCAACACCUGCGGCUCUCCACCGGAGGAGUACUGCGUGCAGACCGGCGCCACCGGGGUCACCAAGUCCUGCCACAUCUGCGACGCCCGGGACCCCCGGAACCACCACAGCGCCGUGUACCUGACCGACUACAACAACCAGCAGGACACCACCUGGUGGCAGAGCCAGACCAUGCUGGCGGGGAUCCAGUACCCGAACUCCAUCAACCUCACCCUGCACCUCGGUAAAUCCUUCGACAUCACCUACGUCCGCCUCAAGUUCCACACCAGCCGCCCGGAGAGCUUCGCCAUCUACAAGCGGACCGGCGAGGGCGGCCCCUGGGUGCCCUACCAGUACUACAGCGGCUCCUGCGAGAAGACCUACCAGAAGCCGAGCAGCGGCUUCAUCCGCACCGGCGAGGACGAGCAGCAGGCGCACUGCACCGACGACUUCAGCGACAUCUCGCCGCUCACCGGCGGGAACGUGGCCUUCUCCACGCUGGAGGGCCGGCCCAGCGCCUACAACUUCGACAACAGCCCCGUCCUCCAGGACUGGGUGACGGCCACGGACAUCAGAGUGACCCUGAACAGGCUCAACACGUUCGGAGACGAGGUCUUCAACGACCCCAAGGUCCUCAAGUCCUACUACUACGCCAUCUCUGACUUCGCCGUGGGAGGAAGGUGUAAGUGUAACGGCCACGCCAGUGAGUGUGUGAAGAACAGCCGAGGACGCCUGGUGUGCAACUGCAAACACGACACGGACGGCGACGACUGCAACGUCUGCAAACCGUUCUACAACGACCGGCCGUGGAGGAGAGCAACCGCCGACAACGCCAACGAGUGUCUGCCCUGCGACUGUAACGGGAAGAGCUCCGAGUGUUACUUCGAUGCCGAGCUGUACCGGGCCACGGGUCACGGAGGUCACUGCAGGGGCUGCGCCGACAACACCGACGGGCCUAACUGCGAGCGCUGCCUCGACAACUACUACAGAGAGCAGAGCGGCGGCCGCUGCCUGCCCUGCGGCUGCAGCAUCGUCGGUUCGGAGUCUCCUCAGUGUGACAACAGAGGAGUGUGUGCAUGCAAACCAGGAGUGAGCGGAGAGAAGUGUGACCGCUGCCAGCCGGGAUUCCACAGUCUGACGGAGGCCGGCUGCAGGCCUUGUUCUUGCUCGCCCUCUGGCAGCACUCAGGAGUGUGACGUCAACACGGGACAGUGUCGCUGUAAAGACCACGUGGAGGGCUUCAGCUGCGACAGGUGUAAGCUGGGUUACUUUAACCUGGACCCCAACAACCUUCAGGGCUGCACCCCCUGCUUCUGCUUCCAGCACUCGUCUGUGUGCGACAGCGCCGAAGGCUUCAGCGUGCACACCAUCAGCUCAUCCUUCCAAAGAGGUGACGAGCAUUGGACCGGUCAGCAGCGUGAUGGCUCCAGCGUCUCCGUGCAGUGGUCCGACAGCGGACAUGAAAUCUCCCUCAUCUCAGACGACUACUUCCCCAUGUACUUUGUAGCCCCAGAGAAGUUUCUGGGGAACCAGAUGUUGAGUUACGGACAGAACCUGAGCCUGAAUUUCCGGGUCGACCGGCGGGACACUCGGCUGUCGGCGGAGGACCUGGUCCUGGAGGGAGCUAACCUGAGGGUGGCUGUCCCACUCAUCGCCCAGGGCAACGCCUACCCCAACGAGAACAUGCAGACUUAUGUGUUCAGGCUCCAUGACAGCACUGACUACCCCUGGAGGCCGACCAUCAGCCACUCCAACUUCCAGAAACUUCUCCACAACCUGACCGCCAUCAAGAUCCGCGGCACCUACAGCGAGCGGAGUGCUGGUUACCUUGAUGACUUCUCCCUGGUCUCAGCGAGGCGGGGUCCAGGUAUUCCGGCCCGCUGGGUCGAGCAGUGCACCUGUCCUCAGGGUUACCAGGGUCAGCACUGUGAGCACUGCACUCUGGGAUACCGGCGUGCCCGUCCGGAGCUUGGAGCCUUCAGUCCCUGUGAGGCCUGCAACUGUAACGGACACAGUGACGCCUGUAACCCCGAGACAGGAUCAUGUGACUGUCAGGACAAUACAGCCGGUUUGAGCUGUGAGCGCUGUAAAGAUGGUUUCUAUGGCGACGCCACCCGGGGGACGUCAGGUGACUGUCAGCCCUGUCCCUGUCCCGCCGGAGCCACCUGCGCCGUCAUCCUCAAGACCAGAGAGGUGGUCUGCACCAACUGUCCCACAGGAACCACAGGUAAGCGCUGCGAGCUCUGUGAUGACGGGUUCUUCGGCGACCCCCUGGGUCAGAGCGGGGCGGUCCGAGCCUGCCGCGCCUGCAAGUGCAGCGACAACAUCGACCCCAACGCCGUCGGAAACUGCAACCGCGAGACUGGCGAGUGCCUCAAGUGCAUCUACAACACCAACGGGUUCUUCUGCGACCGCUGCAAGGAAGGCUUCUACGGCAACGCCCUCGCCGCCAACCCGGCCGACAAGUGCAAACCGUGCUCCUGCUCUCCUCUUGGCACCAUCGGGCGACAGACCACCUGUUCUCAGGUCACCGGUCAGUGCCAGUGUCUCCCCAACGUCGCCGAACGCGACUGCAGCGCCUGCCAGCCCGGCUUCUUCAACCUGCGGAGCGGCGCCGGCUGCGAGCGGUGCAACUGCAAUCCAAUUGGCUCUACCAACGGUCAGUGUGACAUCACGUCGGGACAGUGCGAGUGUCAGCCCGGCGUCACCGGGCUGCACUGCGAGCGCUGCGAGGUCAACUUCUUCGGCUUCAGCUCAUCGGGAUGCAAACCCUGCGACUGCGACCCCGAGGGCGCCCAGUCGGGUCAGUGUAAGGAGGACGGGCGCUGCGAGUGCCGACCCGGCUUCGUCGGAGCGCGCUGCGACAUGUGCGAGGAGAAUUACUUCUACAACCGCUCGGCGCCGGGCUGCCAGCAGUGUCCUUCCUGCUACAGUCUGGUCAGAGACAAGGUGAACCAGCAGAGGCAGAAGCUUCACGACCUGCAGACUCUGAUCGAUAACCUGGGCUCGGGUCAGGACACCGUCACCGACAAGGCCUUCGAGGACCGGCUGAAGGAGGCAGAGCGAGCCAUCAUGGACCUGCUGGAGGAGGCUCAGGCCAGCAAAGAUGUCGACAGAGGUCUGCUGGAUCGUCUGAACGCCAUCAACAGCACUCUGACCACCCAGUGGAACCGCCUGCAGAACAUCCGCAGCACGGUGGACGACACCGGCACUCAGGCCGACCGCGCACGCCACCGAGUCCAGGACGCCGAGAACCUGAUCGACCGAGCCCGGCAGGAGCUGGACAAGGCCAAGGACGCCAUCAGUAAAGUGGACAUCAAAGCCCCCAGCGGCACCGGAGAUCCAAACAACAUGACGCUGCUGGCUGAGGAGGCCCGAACGCUGGCCGACAAGCACAAGAUGGACGCCGACCAGAUCGAGAGGAUUGCCAAAGACGCCAACGACACGUCGACCAAAGCGUACAACCUGCUGCUGAAGACUCUGGACGGGGAGGGCAAGACGAGUCAGGAGAUCGACGAGCUCAACAAGAAGUACAACGAGGCGAAGGAGCUGGCGAAGAAUCUGGAGAAGCAGGCCAACAAGAUCCAGGCCGAGGCCGAAGACGCCGGAGAGAAGGCUCUGAAGAUCUUCGCCAACCUGACCAGCCUCCCGCCGUUCGACACCAAGGCUCUGGAGAAUGAAGCCAGUAAGAUCAAGAAGGAGGCGUCGGACCUCGACAAGCUGAUCGACAAGACGGAGAAGGAGUACAACGACCUGAGAGACGACCUGAAGGGCAAAGAGCAGGAAGUCCGCAAGCUGCUGGAGAAGGGAAAAAGUGAGCAGCAGACCGCAGAUCAGCUGUUGGCUCGGGCCGACGCUGCCAAGGCUCUGGCUGAGGAGGCGGCGAAGAAGGGCCGGUCCACCUUCAGAGAGGCCGAGGGCAUCCUGAACGACCUCAGAGACUUCGACAGGAGGGUCAACGACAACAAGACCGCGGCCGAGGAAGCCUUGAAGAAGAUCCCCGGCAUCAACGCCACCAUCAUGGCCGCCAACGAGAAGACCAGGCAGGCGGAGGCGGCGCUCGGCAACGCGGCCGCCGACGCCCGGGAGGCCAAGAACAAGGCGGAGGAGGCCGAGAAGAUCGCCAGCAACGUGCAGAAGGGCUCAGCCAAGACCAAGGAGGACGCAGAGAAGGCCUUCCAGGACACCAACAAGCUGGACAACGAGGUCGACGACAUGAUGGACCAGCUGAGCGCCGCGGAGCGGGAGCUGGCCAGGAAGAAGGCCGAGGCGGACCAGGACAUGAUGAUGGCUGGAAUGGCGUCGAGCAGCGCUAAGGAGGCGGAGGACAACGCCCGCAAGGCCAAGAGCGCCGUGAAGACGGUCCUGAGCACCAUCACCGCCCUGCUGGAUCAGCUGGGAAACAUCGACAAGGUGGACCUGAGCAAACUGAACCAGAUCGACGAGUCCCUGAAGAGCGCCAAGGGCAAGAUGGCCAACAGCGAGCUGGACAGGAAGCUGGCGGAGCUGAACGACGUGGCGCGGACCCAGGAGGACAUGAUCAACGACUACGACCGGCAGAUCCGCGAGAUCCGCGCCGACAUCGCCAACCUCAACGACAUCAAGAACACGUUACCCGACGGCUGCUUCAACACGCCGUCCCUGGAGAGGCCUUAACCCCGCCCUCCCCUCACCCCUCACCCCUCACCCCCGCCCCCCCUCACAUCUAACACUCCGGCAAACACGCCGACUUUUACCAAAACUGUUUGUUUGUUUUUUUACUUUUUGUUUUCAGAUUCUUGUCUUUGUUUUUCUUUCACAAGAGAGACGCCGGCUUCUCGGACCACGUGUCAACGAGAGAGAAGCAGCUUUUUGUUUUUGUCUUUAGGUUGGUUGUUUUUUUUUAAAGACGCAGUAACGUGGUCACGGCAGAAUGAACUCAGCGGCGUAGAGAAGCCGCGCAGAGAGGAGGAAAAACCAGAACCACAAACCCGACGCGACUGCACCCGUCUGCUCCGCCAAGAGGAAACCACGCAGGAGGCUCCUCCUCCCUCCUGGAGGAACCUCCGCUCGCAGUGUCUAACCGGCCGUUACCCACAAUGCCUGGCGACACACCGGCUACUUCAGAGUUUAACAGCUUGUGAGCUCGCUGAAUGUCUUUUCUUUUUCAAACACAACCGUGUAUUUCAGAAACCACACAGUGAAGGAACCCUCUCGCAAGGAAAAGUAUUUCACUUUUUCUUUUCCUCAGCAGUAUUUUCGCCUCCAGUCGCUCGCUCUGCGGGCGCACACGAAGCCUCUGAAGUCCACAGAAAAUGUGUUUUAAAAUCUCACGCGUCUUGUUCCCAGAAGAUUUCGCUCUGGAGUUCAGGUUAGAGGAUGUUCUCUAUUAAGUCGUGUGUCGCGGAUGUUGUGGCAACUUUGGUAAAGAGGUUUACGUCACGACGACCUCUUUAUCGUGAAGUUAUUAUCUAUCGCCGCGUUCUCGCGCACGCGAGAUUGAAAACCGUGUCUUCGCGGGGCUUCAGAGGCUCCGUCUUUGAAUCAGCUGACGUUUCUCCCGACGCUGUAACACGACAGACGUUCGGUUCCUCUCGUCCUCUCAGAAGCUGCUGCUGCUGCUCGUCACCGAACGCACGACUAAACCUUUUCUCUUCCAGGCUUCAAUCCAACACUAUGCAACUUUGUACAUUUUGCGUAGCGAGAGUUUUUAUCUGAUACACUGGUGCUAAUAAUUAUUUCAAAUGUUAUAUUUUUUGUUGUUGUGUGUGAAUGUUUUUUAUUCUGACAUUAGAGCGAGGAAUUGUGUGUAAAUAUAUGCUUAAAUGAUUCAGGACUGGCUGUUUUUUUUCUUUUUUAAAGACAUAAAACUCCAACAAACAAACAGAAAACAGCCACGUUAACUUCGAUCACAAUCAAUCAACUGAAACCUCCAGGUUAAAUAUAUAUAUAUAUAUAUAAAUAUAUAAAUAUCUACGGUAACGUCUGUGGUAUGUUAUUAUUAUAAUACGCUUGCUUGUAUACAAAGCUCCGUGUUGCUGCUUCGUAGCGAUGCCAAUAUUUCAUUUGUGUUUUAUUGACCCUCUGUGGGAGUUAAUUCAACCUAACUGAAUAAUUAUGUUUAGUUUGUUGUUUUUUUGAGCUUUGACCCUUUCUGCCAAUCAGGACGUGUUUAAAAAGGGGGGGCGUGUCCGUCCUCUCUGGAGGCGGGAAGCUCGCUCACGUGUCGCUGCAGUAGUUUGAAUUAAAUUAGUGUUCUGUGCCUUUUAAUAUAAAGUUCAGCCGUAAUCAGCCCCACCUUUUUUUAUUACACAGAAUCGUCCUCGCCGCCUCACGCCGUCUCCUCGUGUCGGCGCUGAAGCGGUUUGUUUGAUUUUAAAUCAGGUCCUGUAACAGAGAGAAGUCCUGAUCCUGGUCCAGACUCAGACCAGAGACCCGGUGUUGGUCGCUCUGCAGGAUGUGCAGCGCGUACAGACAUGAUGUAUAAACAGUAUUUUAAGUUAUAAUGUACCAGGUAUUUGUAUUGUAACCCUGUUGUUUUAGAUGGUGCUGUAGGCGCUGCGCAGUCUGCAGGACUCCUCUGUGGUUUUGUUUCUGUCCUCUCGUUUUCCAGCCCUGUGAGGACCUGAGUUUGUUCCCAACGGGCCUGUAAAUCCAAACUUUACAUUUGAAUAAUAAAAAAAAUUACUACAGGAACAAA